AUGUGUGACUCUGUGUAUCGUAAGAUCACAGAGGCUUAUGAACAUUUUGACCUUAACACAGAAAAGACAAUCAUUAAGGGGUUUAAACUGUGUUUCAUAGAUUUGGUAAAAAACCAAAUAAACAGGCUAAGAAAUGAAAGAAGUGAUUGGAGAUCUGGAUUAGAUGAGUGUGCCCAAAGAAGAAUUCUGUGUAAUGAAAAUUCGGCUGCAAUGACAGAUGAAUUACAAGGCGUUGGAGAUAAUUACGGAGGAGGAACUAACUAUUUUACAGAAAUGAUUGGGUUCUCAUGGGCAAAUACAACUAUUUUGAUACUUUUUACAAUUGGUGGAAUUAUUUUAGCAGGAACUUGUUACAGUCCAUCUUUAUGUGAUUGUUUACCAAGCUUUUUCGUCUCCAGUGCUAGUAACAGAAAUGUGCCUUUUUAA